AUGUCUGAGGAAACGUUCCACAUCACAAGCGAAGAUCUCCGCAAGAAGGAAUCCAGAUUAUCAAAGGCUCACAACGGCGUGACACCAAAGGAAUCGGACGUCUCUGCCUUGAAGUCACUCCUCGCCGAACGAGAAGACAAACCGGCAGAAAUCGACCGCGUAAAGGCCGGCCUUCCCCUUCCUGAACAGCCGGUCGGCGGAGCCAGCUCGGAUCUGAAGUCCGCAGACGCUCGAACGGUCAAUGUCGGCAGCGGAGGCGUCAAUGUCAAACUUGGAACUGCCUCUUCAGAUGGACUGAGGGAACCAGCUACUGCAGAAAGCAGUGUGCGAAUUGACGGUGAGGAGUGGAAGAAGGAGACUGCUCCUUGA